CUCCUCUCUCUCUCUCUCUCAUCAAUGGUGAUUUCCCAUUCGUCAAAUCCGCAUUCAUUUCCGUUACGUCAAUUCUACUACCAAUCAAACGCCUCUCACAGAAAGGAAUUAAAAUAAAUUGUAUCUCAAGUUACGCAGGUUUUAGUUACAACAAUCGACGAUGAUGAAAAGUAGGUUGAAUAAGUUCAGGAGUAGGAGGAGUGAAGAAAUUGCGGAAACGACGACGUUUUCAGCUGCUCCGGUGGAAUGGGAGAUGAGGCCCGGCGGAAUGCUGGUGCAGAAGAGGAGUGACAAUUGUGGAGCCGCCGCCGUUUCUCCGCCGAAUUUGCGCAUUCGAGUUGCUCACGGCGCCGCCCGGUAUCAGAUCCAGGUCAAUUCGCAGUCGACAUUCGGUGAACUGAAGAAGCUUGUGGCGGCGGAGACAGGGCUGCAGCCCGGCGAGCAGCGGCUGAUUUUCAGAGGGAAAGAGAGAGAAAACGGGGACUACUUAGACACGUGUGGAGUCAAAGACCGUUCGAAAGUCAACUUAAUCGAGGAUCCACAAAGCAAAGAGAGAAGGCUGGUUGAGAUGCGGCGGAAUGAGAAGAUCCAGGCCGUUCAUCAAUUGAUCAACGACGUGACCACGGAAGUGGAUAGGCUGGCGGAGCAGGUGUGUGUAAUAGAGAAAUCAAUUGCAAAUGGUAAUAAAGUAGCAGAGUUACAGAUCACAACCUUGACUGAGAUGUUAAUGGGACAAGCUGUCAAACUAGAAAACAUUCCCGCCGCCGCAUUUGUAGGAGAUGCAUGUGCAGCUACCAAGUCUUUACAGGGCAAGAGGAUACAGAAGUGUGUGGAAACACUCGACACGCUCAAGGUAUCAAACGCGAAGCACAAGGUAUCACCGGUUGUCACCGCCGAGUGGGAAACCUUCGAUCCAUCGCCUUCGGCAAAUCGGUGGGAACUCUUCGAUUGAUUAAUUCAUUAUUGCAUAUAUAAAUAUCGAACGAUUCAUCUCACUAAUAACUUAUUUUUUUAGACGAAGUGCCUCUUCAAUAUAUAUUCACCAGUACGUUAACUUC